AUGUUCAUUGCAUCCACCAAAUUUGUUCCCAGACUAACAGAACCUUCAUCACUCAGGGCCUGUCUUCUUACAAUUCCAGCAUUCCAAUCUACUCAACAACCUUCUCCCUAUGGCCGCAGCCACUACAUUUUGCUCCUAGACCAGUGCACUACUCUCCCCCAACUCAAACAAAUUCAAGCUCCCCUUGCUACCACAGGCCUCCAUUCUAACCCUUUCCUCUUGGGCAAGCUAAUAGAGACCCUCACAAUUAGACUCCACCACCACCAGCACACACUUCCCUACGCCUUGCUCCUCUUCUCCCACUCCCAGCAACCUCCCAAUCUCUUCACCUGGAACACCCUCAUCAGAGGCCUCUCACUCAGUCCCGCACCUCAUCAUGCCCUUCUUCUGUUUGCUACAAUGCUCCAAACACCCUUCGCGGUGCCCGACACUUACAGCUACGCCUUCGCGCUCAGAGCGUCCGCUCGCUUGCAGUCUCACCGGGCCACGAAAGCUAUCCAUUGCCUUGUUAUAGCGAGUGGGUGCCAGUCUAGCAACCACGCUAUCAACUCUUUGAUGCAUGCGUACGCUUCCUGCUGCGACGUGGCCUCCAUGAGAAAGCUGUUCGACACGGUUCCCUCCUGGGAUGUUGUUGCAUGGAACGUGAUGAUCAGUGGCUACGUUCACAACAGCCUCCCGAACGAUGCCCUGAAGCUAUUGGGCAGGAUGUCAUCGGCGAGUGUCGCCCCGACCGAUGUCACCGUGAUCACUGCCCUUUCUGCGUGCUCCCAAAUGAAGGAUCUUUGCUUGGGAAAGCAGAUGCAUGGGUGUGUUCACAAAAGGACCAUGCAAUUUGAAAAGGAGAUCAAAUUGUGCACUGCUCUCGUUGACAUGUACGCCAGAUGUGGUCGCUUAGAGCCGGCGAAACAAGUGUUUGACGAGAUGAGAGCUAAAGAUGUUGGCGUUUGGAAUGCUCUUUUAGGUGGGUAUGUUCAUAAUGGCUGCUUCAUCAAAGCUCUGCAAUUUUACGUGGAACUGCAGGAAUCGGGGCUUACGCCCGACGAGCCAACGCUGGUCAGUGCGCUGAGCGCUUGCGGCCACGCAGGCAUGCUUGAUCUUGGCAAAAGCAUCCACUUCUACAUCGAAGAAAGAUUCCCUCGUUUCGAUGUGGUUCUGGGUACAGCUCUAAUCGAAAUGUACUCCAAAUGUGGGUGCAUCGAGGGGUCGCAAGAAGUGUUCGACAAGAUGGCGAAGAAAGAUGCCGUGGCUUGGAGUUCGAUGAUCCGUUGUCUUGCGGUGCACGGGCACACCAGACACGCACUGGCGCUGUUUGUUUCGAUGCAGGGGUCGGACGUGAGGCCGGACGGUGUCACCUUCGUGGCUGUUCUGAGUGCAUGUAGCCAUGCCGGGUUGGUCGAAGAGGGGCUGGGCUACUUCAAGUCCAUGCAGCGAGACUUCGGCAUCGUCCCUCGAGUCGAGCACUAUGGUUGCGUGAUCGACCUUUUGAGCAGGGCCGGCAGACCAAGGGAAGCUCUCCAGUUGAUGUGCUCCAUGGAGGGGAAGGUGAACGCAGCAGUUUGGAGGAGUCUUCUCAGCGCUUGCAGGGUGAACUUGGACGUCGAACUUGCGGAGAUUGUAGUGCGGAACUUGAUGGAGCUGCGGUCGGAUCACUGUGGGGACUACGUACUCCUGUCGAACACGUACGCGGCGAAGAGGAUGUGGGAUGAUGCGAGGAGAGUGAGGAGGGAGAUGAAGGAACGACUGAUAAGGAAGAACCCCGCAUUUAGUUUAAUUGGCUCAAGCUGCUGA